AUGGUAUCGAAUACUUCUUCGGCCUCAUGCGCGCAACCUCCCCUUUCUCUCCUUGUAGAGAAGCUCUGCCAAAUAAACACUCCCCAAAACGAACAAGGAGCAAAGCCUGAGAGUUCUGGAUCCUCUUCUCCUGGCAGUGAUGGAAAGCCCUUCACCCCUAGAACUCGACAGAGGUUGAAGGACUAUCUCUGCAAUUCUAACUCGGCUGCUGUGUCUUCAGUUGAUGAGCACACUCCUCCCACUGAUCCUCCGAAGCCCAUCCUCAGACGGAAUAUGAUUCCAGGUGCUAAGCUCCCAGUGAAGAUUAUUCCUAGACAAUACAAGCAGGUCAGGUAUACUACUCCGGAUGGCUAUGCCAGUCCGACUGCCAUCAAAGACGACGACUUGGUGCUUUCACCCAAUAUCCUCUCUCAUACUAUGCGACAAACUUGGGCUCGCUACCCUCCCCCUACAAAUGAAAACUUUCCCGUGGAUGAAGAGUUGAACCUCACUCCGACGUUCUCUGCCAACGAAAUUGAUCCUGAGGGUCCCCUCGAACGAUUGAAGCAGCACAGUGAAGCCAACUUCGUGCAACCUCUUUGUCUUCAGGGCGCUAUCCGCAAUGAGUACGCCGUUCAUCUUGCCGACAAACAACAGGACCAUGACGAGCUUAUGAAGAAAGCCGCCGUAGCCCGUCGUGCGAAGGCUGAGAAUGAUGCUAUCAAAUUGUACAGCUUCAACAUGGCCAACGAGCCUAUCAAGUUUCCCAAACUUGGCCCCAAAGCCCAGAAGAAAAUGUACGACGACAAGGCCAACAUAUCUGCUUUGAAGCGCAAGAUUGCAAUCUGCGAUGGCAAAAUUGAAGGCAUGAUUGCUGGCGAGUUUACUUACAACAAGGAUACUGCUCACCUCCCACCCACUAAGGAGCAAGUGGCCAUCUUGCGAGAAGUCGAGGGCCUUAGCUCCUUCUUCCCAAAAUCUCCUCCCAAGCUUUCGAUCUACGACCAGUGGCUGAAGGACCAGUCUGCUGACCCAUGCCCUGCCUCCAACUGGUUCAACGGUGAAGAGAAAUUCGCCAGGAAGAAGGCCUUCGAAUCAGCUCUUUCUGGGCAACUCAAGUCCCGCUUCCCAUCGAAGCCAAUUAAGAAUCAGAUGCCGACCAAGUUGCACAGACCAGACGAACCUAUCUGUGAGGAGAACAAUUUCCCUUCUAUGCUGCCCAAGACCUCCGCGUCCCCCGAGCACUACAACAUAUACGAAACGCCUGUCGUGGUCCAGGUUCCCAAGUGGCUCCCUGCAUUCGUUGACUCCGAUAUCGUUCCCAUCGACAAGAGCGCCAGCGACGAGAAUCAGUACAAGGAACUUCUCACUACCAUCUGGCAGCUCGAGUCACAGAUGCUCAAAGAGACCAAGCCAAACAAGUGGGACAAAAAUUGGCACGAUGCCAGCCCUCACUGGACUAAACAUCACCAUCAGACAAGCGGCGGCUAG